GUAAACUGAGCAGCAGUGGGGAUGAAGAAGCCCAUAGGAACAUUGGCCCCUGAUAAGCAAGCUGGGCUGCUGCUGGUCACUGGACAUUCAAGUGGACAAUUUCAGUGACUUGCAGACACAACUGUUGGCACUUGAAUAGUUGUGUUGAAGUAGAUGUUAGCGCUCUAUUGUAUAUUUUCACCGAUGUUUGGCUGAUGUUUUGAGGAACUGAUUAGACUGGAAAUAACUCAGCUGGACAUAGAACAGAGAAGGACUUUGGUCUGAAACUCUGCACCUCAAAAUGUCUUUUUUGAAAAUGGAUGCUGGUGCUGGGAAGAGGCUCCUCCAUGUGGACAUCCGUAUUGAUGAGCAUGAACCUUGGAGAGGAAUCCUGGAGCUUCUCAGCAGACUCCGUCCUCGUUGGAAGGCACAGGACAUUCAGAUGAAGACCUUCACAGGGGGCAUCACCAACCAGCUGAUCGGCUGCCACGUGGGCUCUCUUCAGGAGCCCGGGUGUGUUCUGGUAAGACUGUAUGGCAGAAUGACGGAGCUCUAUGUGAACCGGGACAAGGAGGUGGAGAUGUUUCAGGUCCUCCACUCCCAUGGAUGUGGUCCGCAGAUCUACUGCAGCUUCCAGAACGGCAUCUGCUACGAGUUUGUCAGAGGAACGGUCCUGGAUGAUGAGCUGCUCCGACAACCCUCCAUUUACAGGUCUCUGCCAGAACACCCUCAACAUUUUAUUCUGUUUGCAAAGUUGAUUUGGUCUUCUCCAUCAUGCAAAAAAAAGAAUUUCAGUGGUUUGACCUCUUACAGUUCUUUGGCUCCAGGAGAGAUGCCCAGCUUUGAGACAUUGUCAGCGGAGAUGGAGUCAUUGAAGAGACAUCUCUUGCAGAUCGACUCGCCAACUGUCCUCUGCCACAACGACCUUCUGACAAAAAACAUAAUAUACAACAACAAAGAGGGAAUGGUGAAAUUCAUCGACUACGAGUACGCAGAUUACAACUACCAGGCCUUCGAUAUUGGCAAUCACUUCAACGAAUUUGCCGGUGUGAAUGACGUUAACUACAGCCUGUACCCGAGAUGGGAGCUGCAGAGGGACUGGCUGAUGACCUAUCUGGAGAGUUACAAGCACAGCACAGGGUGUGAGGUCACUGUUACCAAGGCAGAAGUCACAAAGCUUUACAUUCAUGUCUGCAAAUUCUCAUUGGCAUCCAACUUCUUCUGGGGUCUCUGGGCCAUCCUGCAGUCACACCACUCCUCUAUUGACUUUGACUUCCAGAGAUAUGCCACGGCACGACUCAACUUCUACUUUGAGAAGAAAGAGGAAUAUUUUGGACUGACAACGAGCUAGGAACAGAAACCAGAGGCACCAGCAUAUAUCAGCAUUACCUUUUCUGUUAGUCCAAGAGGAGAUUUCAUUGAUGCGAACCAUGUCAAUCUUUGAUUCAUUGUACAACAUCCAGUGCACAAUGAAAGGCCCAGACUGAGUUUAUAAAAGUGCUUCCCAUUGUUUGUUGUUUCAGGCUGCAGCGUGACUUAAUAUGUUUUGCUAUCAUUGUGAUUUUUAAAAUAUUUGUUUUACCACAGUCGGUAUACCAAUAAGGCUAUUUGGCAAAUUGAGAUGAAGCUCACGCCAGAAACACAUUAAUUGUUACCACAUUUAGUUGGGUCGCACAAAGCCACACAUACUGAGCCUGAUCAUAAAACCAGUGACAGGGAUAUUUCCUGCCUUGUUUCGUGCCUAUAACAGUUCUGAUAGAAAGCAUGUUUCUAUUGAAUUAAAUUUCUAUUUUAGGUCCUUCUUUGUCCUAACAAAUUGUUAUGAAGCUGCUUUGUUGGUACCUCAUGAGAUGUUCAUCAA